CCGGAGCCCCCCGAACCUAAAUCAUCUACAGAUUAAAUUAAGUCAAUUUAAAAUGGAUUUCAUAGUCAAAGUGUCGUAGCUUCCCCGCCGAGAGUCGUUUACUGAGCUAAAGUACAUUGCGUGAGAGAGAUCAGAAUGACUGCGUAAGAGACUUAAAAAACAGGCGUGUUUUCUAUUGUUGCGUAACAAACAGAGUAAGCCUAACAUCAUUAGAGCAACUUCAACAAUUCACGCGAGACAAGCAAGGCAGCACCGGCACAACGUAUUUUCUCCAAAAUAUGAGAUAUUCUGCGGCCGGUAGGCCUCGACUGAUGAGCCGAGUUCUUAGAACUAUUUCUGCUAGAGUUCUACGAACACAAGCAUUACAAGGAAGUGUUUUUAGAUACUCGACAAAGGCAUACAAUCAUGACGCUAUGGACAUACGGCCAUUUCAAGAGAUUCCCGGUCCUAAAGGCCUUCCAUGGAUAGGAUCGAUUCAUGGUUAUAUCUUGAAAGGCGGAGUUUCCAAACUCCAUCUUCUUCACCAAAGCUAUUUCAAGAAAUACGGACCAAUAUAUAAGGAUCAUUUAAUGGGAACAACUACAGUCAGCAUCUCUGAUCCGGAGGAUAUCGCGAAAGUCUUUCGCAACGAGGGAAAGUACCCAGAAAGGACUGCUGAUUUAGGUGCACUACAAAAGCACAGAGAGAAAACAAACCAGCCCCCAGGCGUUGCAUAUGCGGAAGGCCAAGAGUGGCUUAGACUAAGGACUGCCUUCGGUAAAAAGAUGUUGCGACCCAAGGAGCUGGCUAAGCACGUGGUCGGGUUCAGUGGCGUGGCGAAUGAUGCGAUGCAGAGCAUCAAAGGUGCCAGGGAUGGAAAGAUGGAAGUUGAGGAGCUAGAACUUCAGCUACAGAAAUACACUAUUGAAUCGAUUGGCACGUUAGUGUAUGGCUUUCGUGUCGGUAUCUACGACAGUCCACCGAGAAAGGAAUCAAAAGAGGUCUUGGAUGCGGUACGGAUAUUCUUUCCAAAUCUUUUCAAGCAGAUGACAAGCUUCGACAGAAUACUAACUCGUUUCUACGAGCCAGCUUCCUACAAAGCGAUGUGCGAAUCACAUGACAACUUUAUGAAGCACAGUGACACAUUCCUCCGGGAAUCGAUAGAAAGAUCGAGGGGGUCGAAGAAAGAAGCAGACGAUAACGAAGUGGUUACAUUUGUAGAACAUCUUGCAUCAGAAGGUCUAAGCAUGAAGGAGAUCAACCUGGCGGCCAUCGAUAUGUUUGUCGCUGGUGUCGAUACAACGGCUACAACACUUCAAUGGCUUUUGUACAAUAUCGCGCGACACCCUGAAGUUCAAGAAAGGCUGCAUGACGAAAUUACCUUUGUUACGGAUGGCUGUGGAAGUCUGUCUGCGAAAAGCCUUGGAAGGAUUCCCUACACGCGCGCCUGUUUGAAAGAAUCAAUGAGGUUCAAUCCGCCUGCCCCAGCUCAUCUAAGACGUCUGAAGGAGGAUACAGUUCUUAAUGGGUUUCAUGUUUCCAAAGGGACAAUUGUCCAAAUGUCAGUCUACUCUAAUGCAUUUGACGACAAACUCUUUAAAAACCCUACCGAAUUCAAGCCCGAGCGCUGGUUUAGGGACACAGGUGACAAGAUCAAUCCAGUUUCCUUCAAUCCUUUCGGCACGGGCAAGCGAUCAUGUCUCGGGAAACAGGUUGCAGAGAUGGAAAUUUUCGCUUUCGUUUGUAAGCUGAUGCAAAAGUUCAAGCUUGAGUAUAACAACGUCGAGCAAGUCAGUGGGGUAAUGAAACUCAUUGUGUCCCCUGAUCGUCCCGUCAAGAUCACCUUCCUCGACAGAACAUAAAGAGAAACGCCAAGGAUAGAAAUAGGAGACCUGCUCUAAGAAAUUUUAAAGACUUUUUCGCGCAAACUCGCGCGCUCUGGGUGCUCCCCCCCCCUCUCAAAGUCGCGGCAACAUGAAAGAAUUUUUUCAUAAUUCCAGCAUUUCACUCAAUAAUAUUUAACAUAUUGGUUUCAAAACGUAUACACCUAUUUUAAUAAACAUUGUCAGUACAAAA